CACGCUUGAGCAGAAAGGCUGUAAACACAUAUGCAUGCAGCGAAAAUAGAUUGCACCUGCAUCUCACGCACAAAGGAGAUCACGCACAAAACGGGAACGGGACUUUCGAUAAAGCGGAAGCAUGGAAGGUGAGGUGCUCGAGAUGCUGCCCUCCGCAAUUCCAAUGACGCGUUUACGGCGCAGCCCGUCGCCGAGUUCCAGCAUAGGAUUCUCGGUCAAGAGUGGCCGUCGCUGGCACCGCUUCAGGAAAGGAAUUUUCAUCGCCAGUUCUGUUAUAACACUGAGCAUCUUUCUCGCCGCCACCCUCAUAGUUGUGCUAAGGAAGGCACCUCUGUCCGUCGAAUAUUGCACGGAAAUCCACAUGUCGAAGUGGCUGCCUUGGAGCCAACGCAUCAACGACUCCAGGGUCCCGCGGAUCUUGCUUUGGAGCCCAGUGGCGGCGUCGUCGGCCGUGGAAGUGGAUGCUUCUCAGCCGGUCAUGUACUUCGGAAGCUCAAGAGCCUUCAACUGCAUUUCGAAGUCGGGUGAAGAAGUGGCGUGCGAAGUGACUAUGCAGCACAGUCGUACAAACGACAGCGACGCAUUGGUGUUCUACGGAGAAAGCAUAACGGCAUCGCUCCUUCCCAAAUGUCGAAGUUCUGGACAGAUGUGGGUGUUCUGGGCUACCGCCGACCUUCCGCCACCCAAAUCGCACGAGAACCUUUCGCAAAUUUCCGGCCUCUUCAAUUGGACCAUGGGACGCAGGAACGAUGCGGAUGUCAUGGUUGCCUACAAGACGUGGCACUGCGAGAGCGCCGAUCGAAAGGACCACAAUCAAGAAAAGAUGAAGGCGCACAUGCAGAAACGGAAAUACAGAAGGGACGCAGCAUGGAUUGUCGGCGAGUGCGAGCGCGAGACGUUCUUUAAUGUCUCGCGCAGUUCCAUGGGCAACGUCGCCAGAGAUCACGAGAGGGAACGCGCCAUCCGCAUUCAUUUGUUGACGGCUUGCGGCUUCAACCAAUGCGGCUCACGAGGGGACUGCGUCAGGUAUAUAGCGCAGAAAUACCAUUUCAUCAUCGUCUCCGACAUGCCAGAGUGUUUCCAGAGUGCCUCCGAAGUAAUUUACGACGCCUUCGAGCACUACGUGGUGCCCGUGGUGCUCGAGGACGAGGCCGCACUUCAAUUUCCUCCGAAGUCUGUGAUCAGCUCUUCUACGAUGCGCAACCCCGGCGAACUGGCGGCGUAUCUCAGGACCCUCAUCGAUAACCCGAAACUGUACGACCGCUACUUUGCUUGGAAGGAUAAGUGCACAGUGGCACCGCCCACGGUCGACGGUCUGUGCGCUCUAUGCGGGGCACUUCACGAGAAACCACGUCGCGGACGACGUCAUUCCAGUGUUCUGAACUGGUGGAAGCAGCCUAAGAACUGUACCCACGCCCGUUCCUCCAUUCUGAGCAAACCGUUCUUCGUGAAUGAGUGAAACGAUACUGACUGCGUGACAACGGAUGCCAGUUCGCGGUAAUGUGCGCAAUGGUUUUCGAAAAGCUUGACAACACUGGGAACUUCCAAGUGGCAGCAGUGACAUACACCUAAAGAAAAAAAAAGUGCUUUCAUUAUCAUCUGUAGAGAUCAUGACGUAACUUUGACAAAUAAAUUGCGUAGCUUAGGCCACUCGAACAGGUGUUGUCCCGGAAGAAAGCGUA